UGAAAGCAACUUUCUGAUAUUCAAUUGUACAUUACCAAAGUUUCUUUAAAAUUUAAAAAAAUUUAAAAACGCUUAAAAUGGUAAAAACUAGACGAUCGAGGAGCUCAAGGAGGAAUGCUUUGAGUGUUUUAGCCAACAUCGAAGAAGAUAAUGAACUUCAAGCCCUAUUACUGAGUAUAAUACGAAUUCUAGAUGCAAUGCCCGAAGCAGGUUGAUGUAAAUCCUUGUUACGAAACUCUUCGAACGGGAGUUUUAUUAAUUAUCUGAAUCGGGUUAAUU